CGUGCUCUCGUUGUUCAACCAGCUCUCGCGAGAACCUCGCGUUACGGGCAGGACGGUCCAUUGCUACAUUAUUAUUAAGCAACAACAACACGAACCUUUAACCAUCAUGUUCGGCCCGGAUUGCAAUCCACACGGACCACCAGUGUGAUUCUCUGACCCCCUAGGAGGUUGCAGGAGCGCCAGCCGGAGACAUGCAGGUUGGUUUAUGUUGGCAUGGACGUGUGACGGAUGCUGACGUCUGGAUGUGGUCGGACUGAACUGUUUCCUGUCCUGGCAUCAGAAGAAUGUAGCGGGAAGCAUCAGGUCUGACCUCCACCUCAUCAUGGGCGGCAGCAGUUAACCCGGGAGGGGGCGUCGCAUCACUGUGAGGUGUCGCGCCUCUGACCCAUAUGUGCCAUUUGUUUUGGGUCAGCUGAUCACUCGCCGUCGCUUUGAUAUCUUCAGACAUAAUGAACGGCUCUCUGCUGACCCCCCCAAGCCCACGGGCUGCGAACUCCUCCCCCUUACCUCCUUCUCCCUCCCCGUCCCCGUCUCCUUCUCCGCCCUCACCGUCAUUGCUGCCGCUUUCCCCUCGUCCGCCCCCUCUCCCACCGCUGGUGAGCCCCCCGCCGCAGACUCAUGCCUCCUCCUUGUCUGACACACCUACGCCAUCCCCUUCGCCCUGCUUGAGCUGGACAGAGUUUUGUGAGCUCCAUGCCCGUGUUGCAGCUGGCGAAUUUGCACGGCACUUCCGUGCUUUCCUUCUUGAGAACCCCCACUACUCGCCUGACUCGGCUGCUGCCUUCUGUCGCCGCUUCACGGACCGCUUUGUCCGCCACUUCCAAAAUGAACUGGAGGGGGCGCUCCCAUUGAGCUGUGCCUCUGGUAGGGAGGACAUGGCGAGCUGGGCUCCCCAGUCAGAUGCUACAUCCCUGGAAGAAGAGGCUGUGUCUCCCCUGUCAGCCGCCGCCGGUCUCACCAUACCUCCCACAAGUACGACAUGCGCUACAACCAAAACGGUACAAAGUCGACUUGUGAUGGAGAGCCGUGUCGGCAGUGACUCGUAUGCGCAUGGGCAAGUCCUUCCUCCAUCCUCAUCAUCGUCCUGCUGCUCCUCAGUCGGAGGGAAUAACGGCAGACGGGAGGAGAGGAGUGCGAUCAUGGCGCCUGGGAAUGGGGAGGCGGCAGCUGAGGAAGAGGACAGCUGGCUCAGGGGAGCCUCGGUGGGGGAGGACCUGGAAGCAGAGGAGGAAGCGGGCGAAGUGUCCGUGGACACGGAUGUUGCAGAAACCUCCAUCCCACCUCUGGCAGUGACCCCUGGUGCAAAAGGAGCCAGCACCCCAAACUCCAAGAUCAAACUGAAGAAACGUUUCUCGCUGCGUAGCGUGGGCCGGAGCGUACGUGGCAGCAUGCGUGGCAUUCUCCAUUGGCGCAGCUCGUCUAGCGAUUCGACGCAGAGCCCGCUGCCGUCUAGUUACAGCUAUACCAUGGGCGUUCAGGACGCAGGUGUCCCCAAGAGAAUCUCUGGGACUCAGUCCCCCAUGCCCACCUCCUCCAUGCCCAUGUCUCUGUCCAUGCCUCUUUCCCUCCCGCAUUCAUCCUCCUCCUCUCUGCCCCCCUCCUCCUCCAGCAGCGCCACCUCGCUGUCUGUAUCUGAAGCUGCUCGGGACCGGAGGCGGAGCAAUGGGGAGGGGGGCGAAAAGGAGAAGUGGAGCCAACGUCUGGAGAAACUGAGACUCACACGGUCGCCUCCGCCUAACCUCGUGUCGGCAAACUCAGCCGCUUCUGUGCUGCCGCCGAGCUCCGCUGCUGCCGUGGGACCAGUUCGGAAAGUUGGCCGGCUGGUGCGCGAGGGAGGGGUCACGGUCAGCUCCUCUAGUGACGAGCUGAGCAGCGGCCAUGCUUUUGCUGGCUUCUCCUUUGGGCUUUUGCACCACGGUACGGACAACAACGCUGCCUCACCUGCCGCUGCGGCUGGUCCUGCCCCACCUCUGACCAGCGGUGGAAACAUUCCCUGGAGAGGUGGACGCUGGCACAAGUGCCGACUGGUUCUGCGAGAGUGGGACAGAGACGGAAGUGAGAGGGGGGAGGAGUUCUACCUGGAAUUCUUCAUCCCUCCAAAAGCGUCAAAACCCAGACUCACUGUCCCGUGUUGUUCCAUCCUGGAUGUUAGGAGCACCACAGCUCUGGAGGUCCCAGACAAGGAGAACACUUUCUUACUACAGCUGGAGGGCUCAGCCCAGUAUGUGAUCGAAACACGAGAUGCUGUUCAGAUGCGGGCGUGGCUGAGUGACAUCAGAAAUGGCAUCUGUCUGAGUGAACAGGACGAGUCAGGUGGGGUGUGUGUGGGUCCGUUAGACCUCAGUGGGACGCCGGAGACGGUGGACCGUUUGUCACAAGUGUGUUACGGGGGAAUCGCAGGCUCCUCCCCCCUCAUGGACUCCCUCCCUCCAGAGCUGCCCCCGCGUGCUCCUUUAGAUGAGCCGGACGGCAGGAUGGUCGGAAGUGGUGGGGCCAGUCUGGGCACGCCAUUUGCAGAGACGCCAGAAGCCACUGGAUCCUUCCUGUUUUCAGACAUGGCGGUGGCAGAGGCUGUUGAGCACCCUCUCAGUGAGUGCCAGUGGUUCCACGGGACCCUGUCCCGGCUGAAGGCGGCCCAGCUGGUGCUGGCCGGAGGUCCGGCCAGUCAUGGUGUCUUCCUGGUACGACAGAGCGAGACGCGGCGUGGAGAGUACGUGCUGACGUUCAACUUUCAGGGAAAAGCCAAGCACCUACGUCUGUCCCUGAACGAGGACGGCCAGUGUCGGGUCCAGCACCUCUGGUUCCAGUCCAUCUUCGACAUGCUGGAACACUUCCGAGUCCAUCCCAUCCCGCUGGAGUCCGGAGGAGCGUCGGACGUCACGCUCAUCAGCUUCGUGGGUGCCACCGCUGUCCGCCAGCCAGACUUGACCAGCAGACCCCGUAGCCCCCCUCUACCCCCCCCACUGCCCCCGGGCCGGCCACCCCCUCCAACCCCACCACAGGAGCGAGGCGUUGAGACAGAGCCAGCCGGCGGUGCACCAGCCAUGACGGGAGGCGGAGCAGCGGCGGUGGCAUCGACUGGGGGAGGAGGAGGAGGAGGCUCGGCAGGAGUGAGCGGAGGAUCCGGUAGCGGGGCAAGCGGAGGUGGGACGGACGAGUGGGAAGAGAGAGACACUCCGCUCAGACAACUGGACACUGCGGAUGGAGAAGAGCGAGAUGGAGCGAGGGCCCUGCGGGCCGUCGACAACCAGUACUCCUUCUUCUGACUGUUCCUCUCCACCUCAGCGAGACUCUGACACGCAGGUGAAGCGUGGGGAGAACAGUCGCACCUCAGCGGACACACACGAUGUCACCACUCUUCAUGUAUAUAUACAUAUAUAGACCAGAUGUGACUGAAAGUGGGCGGGGCUUCAGCAGCCUCCUCUAUAUUCCACUCCCCUCACUCUUCAGUGUUAGCUGCCAACAGCAGAACCCGGACUGAGCGACUGAACACAACUGGAAACCUCAGACAGCCCUGAUCCCUCCAGAAAAACUGUGACACUAGUAUUAAUUCUGUUCCUGUGACUUCGUCUUUGUGCCUUUGUUUGAUUUGUUUUUUUUAGGGGGGGGUCAUCAUGUUUAUCUCUCAAAGAAAAUAGGACUUUUUCUACUCGUGCCUUCUGUGUCACCUCCUCCUUUUUGUUUCUGACCGGCACUUUCAGCACAGCGACUAUGUCUGGGACUUACUGUGCCUUCUCACCUGUCUCCCUCUCUCAAGCCUGUCCCCCAUCUGUCUCUGGAUUCUGUGUAGACAGGCAGACGUCUGUCGCCACCAGGUGGUUAGUUUCAGGUACUACAUGAAUGAUAUAAAUGUAGUGAAACAUGUGUCUUUUAAAUGUGUGGCUCCUCGAUUUCCUGCCGUUUCCGAGGGUCAUUACGAGGUCCUCUGGAGACCAGGCCAACUGUCUGCAGCAAACGGACCAGACGCUGAGGUGAAGGGUUCGAACACAGCUUUAGUUUCCCCAGACAAAAGUAUCACAGAUUCUCAGGAUUUGUCAGUUUUCUUCCUUAAAUGAAGCUGGAAGCUGCUACCCAUCAUGCUCCUGGGCAGCUGGUCCACCUCCCAUCAUGCACUGGGCUGCAUCAUCUGGGCACACAAGGAGGAGGUCGGUGACAGAAGUCGCAACACAGACAUCGUCUCACAGUACUGGCUGGUUGACGUAGUUCCCCUCGCUGUCGUCGUCAUCUUCAGAUUCUUCUUUGCCUUGAUCUGCAGGAAACAUCAUAUAAAACGUAAACAAUAGUCAUGUGACAUCUCUGCAUGAUGUGAGCCUGAGGAGAAUCGUUCUCAACUAUUUGG